UCCAUCUUUGGCUAUUGUGAAUAAUGUUGCUAUGAAUGUGGAUGUAUGAAAAUACUCUUUUUAGCAUCAUUGUUAACCAGCACAUAGGCAGUCACUGAAAUUGUUUGGGAACACUGAUACCAAUUGCUGACACUUAAAUUGUGAAUCCGCCUUACCUAACCCAUAUAGAGAAGUUUUUUGCACUGAAUAUUCCUCUUGAGACCUCAAAAGCCAUUUUCAUGCAUCUAAUCUGAUGUUGUCCUUGAAAAUAUGCUGGGAAAAUGUUAAAUGAGUAACUAAAAAGGCAAUAGCUUCAGGAUAUUGGUACUCCCCCAGAACUGAGUGUGCGUCAAAACCUGCAUAACUUGUGAAAGCAUUAUGGAAGAUGCUUCUCAUCCUUCCAGUCCAGAGAGAGCUCAGUAGUUGAAUUGGGCAUAUUAUAAUUAGUAUCUCAUUUCUCCAUAAUUCUUUUCUCAACAGAGAAGUCAAGAAUGGCUGAAGAAAAUCUUACUAUGAAAAAUGAGUUUAUCCUCACAGGAUUUACAGAUGACCCAGAGCUGAAGACCCUUCUGUUUAUGGUGUUCUUGGCCAUCUAUCUGAUCACCAUGAUGGGGAAUCUUGGUCUGGUGAUAUUGAUUUCAAAAGAGCAUCAUCUUCACACGCCAAUGUACAUCUUUCUGGGCAACCUGGCUCUUGUGGAUUCUUGCUGUGCCUGUGCCAUUACUCCUAAGAUGUUAGGGAACUUCUUUUCUGCGAACACAAUGAUUUCCCUCUAUGAAUGCAUGACACAAUUUUAUUUUCUUUGCACUGUUGAAACUGCAGAUUGCUUUCUCCUGGCAGCAAUGGCCUAUGAUCGCUAUGUGGCCAUAUGUAGCCCACUGCAGUACCACACCAUGAUGUCGAAGAAACUCUGCAUUCAGAUGACCACAGGGGCCUUCGUCGCUGGAAACCUGCAUUCCCUGAUCCAUACAGGGCUUCUGUUUAGGUUAACUUUCUGUGGGUCUCAUCAAAUCAAUCACUUUUAUUGUGAUAUUCUUCCUUUAUACAGACUCUCCUGUGUUGACCCUUAUAUCAAUGAAGUGGCACUAUUUAUCUUUUCAGGUUCAAUUCAAGUCUUCACCAUAGGCAGUGUCUUAAUAUCUUAUCUCUACAUUCUCUUUACUAUUUUAAAAAUGAAAUCCAAAGAGGGUAGGGUCAAAGCCUUUUCUACUUGUGCAUCCCAUUUUUUGUCUGUUUCAUUAUUCUAUGGAUCUAUUUUUUUCAUGUACAUUAGACCAAAUUUGCUUGAAGAAGGAGAUAAAGAUAUACCAGCUUCUAUUCUGUUUACGAUAGUAGUUCCCUUACUAAAUCCUUUUAUUUACAGCCUGCGAAAUAAGGAAGUAAUAACUCUCUUGAGAAAAAUUCUGAAGAAAAACAAAUCUCAAGAAAGUUUGAAACAAAUGACAUCUACUGUAGCUUAAGGAUUUAAAUGUAGA